AUGCCAGCCUGGCAUGGCCCAUCCCCAAUCACAACCGCUGCCAUGUACACGCUGCGAUCCAGACGUCGGCGGGAGUCUACACACUUCCAAUCUGCACAGUGGAAGGCAACCGAGAACGGCGCUCAGCGCGUGGCGGCAUGCACGCGACGCAUCAUCGCUGUGUCCUCCCUGGCCCGCCUUCGGCCUGCUGAUCCAUGCUUCCCAGGGACAGGGCGGCGAUGA